GUCAUGUGAUCGUUGGAUCUCUCCUCCCUCCGUCACCUCCUCAAAUCUCUCCAUCAUCUCUUAACGCCUCGUUAAUUAGCUCCCUCAUCUUCCUGCUCACGCGAUAAAUCCUCCCCUUCUUGUCGGUCGCCGGUUCCCAUUCAUCACCUCCGCGUUGGUCAGGGUAUCACAGCCAUCCCGCAUUCUGGAUUCCCUUUCUUCCUCCCCAUCGCUCGUUCUCUUGUCGGAAGAAGGCUUCCCUCUUCCCCUCCUUCCGCUCCCGAUCACAAUUUAGUUUAUAGAUGGCGACGUACAAACCCAAAAACAUCCUCAUUACAGGGGCGGCAGGCUUCAUUGCGUCCCAUGUUGCCAACCGCCUCGUUUGGAACUACCCCGAGUACAAGAUCGUGGUUCUCGACAAGCUUGAUUACUGCUCCAACCUGAAGAACCUCAACCUGUCGCGCUCCUCUCCGAACUUCAAGUUUGUCAAGGGUGAUAUUGGGAGCGCCGACCUCGUCAACUACCUCCUCAUCACCGAGUCGAUUGAUACCAUCAUGCAUUUUGCAGCCCAGACCCAUGUUGAUAAUUCUUUUGGUAACUCCUUUGAGUUCACCAAGAACAACAUAUAUGGCACCCACGUCCUCCUGGAGGCCUGCAAGGUCACUGGUCAGAUUAAGAGGUUUAUCCAUGUUAGCACCGAUGAGGUCUACGGAGAGACUGAUGAGGACGCUGUGGUUGGCAACCACGAGGCAUCUCAACUUCUGCCAACCAACCCAUACUCGGCAACAAAGGCUGGGGCUGAGAUGCUUGUUAUGGCUUAUGGAAGGUCAUAUGGCUUGCCUGUGAUCACUACCCGAGGAAACAAUGUGUAUGGGCCAAAUCAAUUCCCUGAGAAGAUGAUCCCAAAAUUUAUUCUCUUGGCCAUGAGAGGGCAGCCACUUCCGAUUCACGGUGAUGGCUCAAAUGUGAGAAGCUAUUUGUACUCUGAAGAUGUUGCAGAGGCUUUUGAGGUCAUCCUCCACAGAGGAGAAGUUGGGCAUGUUUAUAAUAUCGGCACAAAGAGAGAAAGGAGAGUGAUUGAUGUGGCGAGGGACAUCUGUGCACUUUUUUCACUAGACCCAGUUAAGGUUAUUCAGUUUGUGGAGAAUCGACCUUUCAAUGACCAGAGGUACUUUUUGGAUGAUCAGAAGCUGAAGAACCUGGGAUGGUCGGAGCGGACUGCAUGGGAUGAUGGACUCAAGAAGACGAUGGAGUGGUAUAUGAGCCAUCCAGAUUGGUGGGGAGAUGUUUCAGGAGCACUUUUACCUCAUCCACGGAUGUUGAUGAUGCCUGGUAUUGAAAGGCAUACUGAUGGGUCUGAAGAAACCAAGUCCAUGUCUUCGCAGUCAACGACCACUAAUAGUCAGAACCGGAUGGUGGUUCCUGCUGCAAGAAGCAGCGUGGUACCUCCUAAGAAACCAUAUUUGAAGUUCUUGAUAUACGGUAGGACUGGAUGGAUAGGGGGCCUUCUUGGCAAGAUAUGCGAGAAGCAGGGGAUACCAUACGAGUAUGGAAGGGGUCGUUUGGAAGAGCGUUCCCAUCUCAUACUUGACAUUCAGAAUGUGAAGCCAACUCAUGUUUUCAAUGCUGCUGGUGUGACUGGUAGACCUAAUGUUGACUGGUGCGAAUCUCAUAAGCAGGAGACAAUUCGCACGAAUGUUGUGGGAACUCUGAAUUUGGCAGAUGUCUGUAGGGAUCAUGACCUGUUACUAAUGAAUUAUGCUACCGGUUGUAUUUUUGAGUAUGAUGCUAAACAUCCUGAAAGGUCGGGCAUUGGAUUCAAGGAGGAAGACAAGCCAAACUUUAUUGGAUCCUUCUAUUCAAAAACUAAAGCAAUGGUUGAAGAGCUUUUGAGGGAAUAUGAGAAUGUCUGUACCCUUAGAGUUCGAAUGCCAAUAUCUUCUGAUCUUAGCAAUCCACGUAACUUCAUUACCAAAAUCGCUCGUUAUGACAAAGUUGUGAACAUUCCAAAUAGCAUGACGGUUUUAGACGAACUUCUCCCCAUUUCAAUUGAGAUGGCAAAGAGAAAUUGCAGAGGAAUAUGGAACUUUACCAAUCCUGGUGUGGUAAGCCACAAUGAGAUCCUAGAGAUGUACAGGAGCUACAUUGAUCCCAGUUUUAAGUGGACCAAUUUUACAUUGGAAGAACAGGCUAAAGUCAUAGUUGCACCUCGAAGCAACAAUGAGAUGGAUGCUACAAAAUUAAAGAGAGAGUUUCCUGAGUUGUUGUCCAUCAAAGAUUCUCUCAUCAAGUUUGUUUUUGAGCCAAACAAGAAGGUCCUUUCUCACUGAUAGGCUUCCUCAAUGUCACAGUUUCCCUAGACUUUGGAACUAAGCAGUUGACCCUUAGUAUUUUAAUCAUUAAUGUCAUUCAAUACUUUGCAGUAUGACUAUCAUAAUACAAACUCUGCAUCAGGAAUACUUUUUUCUAGGCGGGAGGAAAAACCUGAUUAAUUUUAUUAGGUAGUCUGCCUUGUUCUUGUUUAGGUUCUUUACAAGAGGCUAUUAUUAUUUGUCUUCUAAAUUUGUACUGUCCACUCUAUGUGGCAUGUAGUAGCUUCAUUCUGUUAAUGCAUCCAUUUAUUGUUUACAUUC